GUUUAUCUUGGAAAAAUAGUUAUACUUUCUAUUAAAUAUUUAUAUAAAUAAUACCUACGCCCAACUGUGCGUAGCGUCUUCCAUAAGAAGCCAUUUUAAUAGAUCGUCGUGCACGAUCGAUCCACUGGUCAGGAGAAAUGCCUUCGGAAAAUAUAAAAAUUAAGGUUGUCGGGCGAUGCCGACCUCUGACACCAGAAGAAAUAGCAAAAGGAAGCAAAUCAGUGGUCAACAUACAGGGAAAAGAUAAAAUUAUCAUUAAUGCGGCAGGCAAGGAACAGUCAUACUCUUUGGACAGUGCAUUUGGAGCUGAUUCCAAAAAUGCAGAUAUUUAUGAAAGCAAGUGUGAUGCUUUGCUCCACAGAGCUUUAGAAGGGUACAACAUCACAAUCAUGGCUUUUGGUGCAACAGGCAGUGGUAAAAGUUACCUGAUGUCAGGAAAUGAGGAAGAUCCUGGCAUUGUUCCACUGCUGAGUCAGAAGUUGUUCCAGAAUUUGAAGCAAAGGACUGGCAAGGAGUAUAUGGUCACUGCUUCUUUUCUGGAGAUAAUGGAUGAGAAGAUGCUUGAUCUCCUCAAUCCACACAACAAUCCCAUGACUCUGAGGCAGCACAUUAUUAAAGGAAUCUUUGUUGACGGAUUGUCUGAGAUGGUAGUGCAGUCUGCAGAAGAUCUGGCUCAGUUGUAUGACCAGGGACUUCAUGCCAGAUGCAUUGGUGCAGCUGAUGUGAAGGCUCACAGAGAAAGGGCACAUGCCAUAUUUACCAUAACAGUUGAGCAGAAGGAGCAUCAGUCCAGCAAAAUAGGGGUCCGCUCUACUAUCACUCUUGUGGAGCUGGCCGGUUGUGAAAUCUCAGAAAGCGCUAAUCACACAGUUGUGGCUGGAAAUCAAGGCAUCCUGAAAGUACUCAGUGCUCUUGGCGACUCAAAGCAAAAAGGCGGGCAUGUUCCGUAUAGGGAAUCUUUGGUCACACGGUUACUACAGGAUUCACUGGGUGGAAACUGCAUCACACUGAUGUUAGUAACAGUGUCCUCUCGAGAUAAGGCAUACCAGGAGACACACACAGCUCUGCAGUAUGCACAGUAUACUAAAACUAUUCAAAAUCAUGUGAAGAUGAACUUGGAUGACACUCAAGACAUCAUUUCCGAACUGCGACACGAAAUCUCAAAACUACGGAAUAAAAUCACCAGUGCUUCUGAGCCAAACAGGGAUGAUGUUGCAAAGAUGGAGGAUCUGAUUAAAGACCUUCAGCUAGCAAAGAAACAGACAUGGGAAGAAAAAGAACGACUCUCAGGCCAGUACGAAGAAGAACGCAAAAUCAAUCUAGCAAAUAAGGGCGUUCUUGAGUGGGUGAUGGACAGCAUGAAGAAAGGAAGCAGAGAGUUGCAGGAAAAGAUUCUGCUGCUUCAGAAAGAGAGAGAUUUGAUCUCAGAACAAUACAAGGCAAAGCGUAAAGAUGUGGAUGAACUAAAGGAAGACCUGCAAAAAAAAAUUAUGGAUUACACUAAAUAUACAGAAAGUGGCAAGAAAUCAGAGUCAGAAACCAAGAAGCUGGUGACAGCAAUCCAUGAACUCAAAGAACGACUGAAACGUGAGACGGAAGCACUUAGAAAAAUUAAAGACAACCUUAGUUUGGUGCAGGCACGCCAGCAGCAAGAAAGAGAGCAUGCACGUGCACAGAUGACUGGCAUGAAAGGAAAUGCUGAACUUAGACAGAAAGUUGAACUUGAAGAACGGAAAAGAAUGGAGCAAGAACACAAGGCCAUGAUUGAUGAAGAAAUGGAGAAAAGCAAGCUGGAUGUGGAGAGUGAACUGGCUGAGAUUCAGAUGAGGGAAGCAGAUGGCUAUAAAUACAGUACAAAGGAAGGUGCUGAAUUAGAAAGGACUUUGGCUCAACUGCGAGCUGACAAACCUGUGAUUGCAAUGAAACUUCAGACCAUGCAAAAGGAGAAAGAAUAUGUGGAAGCAGAACUGGAAGAUGUCUACAGGAUGCACAAUGAGCAACUGGAGCUUCAGCAACUGCAGCAUUAUCAGACUUUCCGGCGCUAUCGAGAGAUGUUUGAGGAACAGAAGGCAGCUAUUGACCAACGCUACAGACAGCUGUUGGAGGACUGCAUUCAGGACUCAGUAUUCCUGUCUUCGAGAAACAGUGAACUAGCAACAGAAAAUCAGAGUCUUAAACAAUACAUUGCCGUGAUGAAAGAUGCCAUCACCAAGCUUGGGGGAAAAAUCCCAUCAGCCGUGGAUCUUAAUGGCUGAUUCAAGAUAGUAGAAGGUAUUUAAAGAAGGAUUAAGAAAGCAUUGAUGCCCAAAUGUUUCAAGAACUGCUCACCAGUGACUGAAUAUGUGGUUAAAUUUAAGGGACACACUUGUGGCUAUGUUUUCUCCAUUGGACUGUCUUGAUCAACAGAUCUAUAUAUACCCUUUUUCCACUUAUAAUUCUUCUAACAUUUUUUGGUGAUGUAUUAUUGUUCACUUUGUAGAAAAAUUGUACAGCUGUUGAUUUUUGCUUGGGCCAAUGAUUUUAUUCAUGUGGCUUGUAAGGAAGAUCUUGAACACUUGUAAUUAAUAAUGUAAUAAAUAACAAAUGUCACAGCAAGAUUUUAAUCAUGUAAUCAAAAAAAUUAUAUUUCAAAAGUGAAGCGUACGUCCGUAAUUUUUCCGUCCACUGACCCUUGAUGAAAAUAACUGUUUUUAUUAUUUUGCAAGAAUUCAUAAUAAACUGUGAUUGCUACCAUGCCGUCCACAUCUGUUUGUCUAUAAUUGUCUCUACACAUGCACAGCUUGUCCAUCUAAACAGGGGACGUAAAAAA